CAACGACGCAAGGCCACCUUAAAUUAAGUGCUGACAUAACAACAACGCUACACUCCACCCCUGUCCGAGGGGAGUCUGUUAAGAGGUGUCUCACCUUCUCAACCACACUCUUAUUACCAAGAAAGACGCCGGUGUAGAAACAACACGCCGAGGCGUCUUACAUAAGUGCGGCUUCUUAUUGGUCAGCAGUUUCGAGGUCUGGUGCGUAACGCCACGCGCUGGACACGCACGGCCCUGUGAGAGAAUUUACUGAGAAAACAUUGUGGAUAUUCAAGAGUUUGGAUUUCUAUCUGCGAGGCUUCUGUGUCACUGACUGGGUUUAUUUUACAUGCGAAAGCUGGGGAGACAGACUGGAACACAGCAGACCACAGCGCGAAGCUUUACAGUUUUCGCCACGAUAAUUGGUUAUCGGAUGGACCAGCAUCCCAGCGCCCGGAGCUGCACCAGUCGCGGGGCUUCUUCCUGCGAGGCCGUCCAGACUGAGCCCUCCAUGAAUCUGUACAUCCACUCCACUACCGGCACACGCUUCGAGCUCUCCCUGCCCCUGGAGGAGACCGUGGAGGGACUGAAGAGGAGGCUUUCGCAAAAACUCAAAGUACCAAAAGAGAGACUCGCUCUUCUGCACAAAGAAACGCGACUAAGUUCAGGCAAACUCCAGGAUCUAGGCAUCUCUGAUGGGAGCAAGUUAACACUUGUACCAACAGUCGAAGCAGGAUUAAUGUCUCAAGCAUCAAGACCAGAGCAAUCAGUAAUGCAAGCGUUGGAGAGUUUAACAGAAACUCAGGUCAGUGACUUCCUGUCUGGCCGCUCCCCCCUCACCCUGGCACUGCGUGUUGGUGAUCACAUGAUGUUCGUCCAGCUCCAGUUGGCGGCGCAGCAAUCCGGCGGUCCCCAGCUUCAGCACAGACACCUCAUUACCCGGGGCAAUGCAGAGACCACAAUGGGACAGCCCACGGGUCAGCCCCGUGUUCCCCACCCUCACCCACACUCCCAUCACCACCCCCAUCAUCCACAUAGUCACACCAGCUCCCACAUGUCCCAGCCUCACCUGGUCCCUUCCUCCCCCUCUUCCCCAGGCUCCCCCUCCUUCCCCCUGCCCUCCACACACCACCAGCCACUCCCUCCAAUGUACCAUCAGUCACCCUCCUCUACUCACUGUAGCCCACCAACUCCUCCUCCUCCACCCCACUCCCCUCGUCCGUCUCACAUCCCCGGAGGUCUUUUCCGCUCUCCAGCCCAUCACCAUCAUCACCACCACCACUACCACCAGAAUUCCUCAGGCCAACCCAGCCAUGACAUCGGCCAGGCCAGCCCUGUAGCCCCAGUCCUCUGCCCUGAGGCUAACUGCAGCACCAACAGCCCCAACAGUGGUACCAGCCCGUCAUCGCGCUCCCGUAAACCUGGCGCCAUCAUUGAGAGCUUUGUCAACCACGCUCCCGGAGUCUUCUCAGGGACCUUUUCAGGCACUUUGCACCCUAACUGCCAGGACAGCAAUGGACGUCCCAGACGAGAUAUUGGUACCAUCCUGCAGAUACUCAAUGACCUCCUGAGCGCUACACGCCACUACCAGGGCAUGCCCCCCUCGCUUACACAGCUCCGCUACCAGACCCAGUGUGGUUCACCCACCUCCCCAUCCCCUUCGCCGCCUCCUUCACCCCCGGUUGCUGGCAUGGCGGGCCUCUCUGCCAAAGCUACCUCUGUGCCCACCGGCAGCCCUAGCAGCCCUCUGCCGACUCUUCAUCCACUGGUGCAGUGCCAGAGCCAGAUCCGCAUGUGCAAACCCCCAGGUGACCGUAUUCGUCAGACCGAGAACCGUGCAACUCGCUGUAAGGUGGAACGCCUGCAGCUGUUGAUGCAGCAGAAGCGCCUGCGCAGGAAGGCCAGGCGGGACCAGCGUGCUCCUUAUCAGUGGCUGCCCAACCGAAAGGCCGGACGCAGCAACAGCAACAGCAGCAUGUCCAGCGAGGGCUCCCUGGACCUGGACUUUGACGAUUCAGUGUGGAAGCCAGACGUUAAGGCUGACUUGAAGUCUGAGUUCGUCAUGGCUUGAACCAUCUGAGCCCACAUGCUAUGGCAUAGAUUCAAAGAUGUGGAAAGCAUUGCUUGGGAUUUACUUAGAGAUAUAUUUUGGGAGUGGAUUGAGAGGAGGUGACACAGAACUGUAUCUUGUGCAAAGAAAAAAGUUUGUCCUUGUGUGACGUCACUUGGAAAAAGAAAAAAGGCUCCCUGCAGACUUUAAUCCCAUUCUGUCAUUCACAGCUGACCUUGUGAAAAACAGCAACAAUAGCAGCAGGACUUUUCUUUUGAUGCUUGGAUGUGGACAGGCAACAGUCGGACUUAUCAGUGUACAAGACUUUUUACAGUACGAUUGCAGAGACCAUACCUGAACUCAAGCAUAGCAGAAUUCAGUGGGUGGUGGUGGUGGUGGUGGUGGUAUUUUCAGAUUUUGUUUUGGAAGAUUUGGUUUUUUUUUUGGUUUUUUUUUUAACUGCGCACUCUGGACAACAAUGAAGAGAUCCACACUGGACUUUUUAACAGAACAGGAGCACCAGAGGCCUCAGUGUUUCCUAAUCACAAGAAUGGCAGAACUGCCGAACUAUGGAUUAUUCCAACGGGCAUUCUUAUCAGUCUCAAAACUCACCAACCAGAGUUUAGUUUUUACCUGUUACGGGGUGGUUAACCUUUUUUUUUUUUUUCAUUUUGAAACAUAUUAUAUUUUAUAAACAAAAAAAUAUGUAGCAUUGUUCACAAAGCAUUCAGGUUUUCAUAUAACAGUUCAACGUAGUUGUUGAUUUGCACAUUUCCUUGAUUUAACAGCUGGUCAAAGUGUGCAAGAAGGAGGAGGUGGGGCCUGAAAUAGAAUUUAAAAAAAAUUAAUAUGGAAAUAUUGAUAUCAACCUCAGUGACAUAGGGUAUCGAUAGGAAUGAUUAAAAAUGAAAAAUGAAUUAAUAUUAACAGAAAGUGCUUUAGAGGAUUUUAAAAUCUUUAAAAUGUAUAUGGGAAAAAAAAAUCUAUUUUUUAUUUCUCUUCCUAUCUGCUGUUUUCAAAAAACAGCAGCCCUUUGUGGCUUUAGUCAAAUCGUUGACUACCAACAAAUGCGUACGUCCAUUUAAUCACUCAUUAACCCGUUCACAAAUUGUAGUCAUCUAGCCACAACACGGACAUGGCAAGAUAAAUUUCAUCCAGCCCACCUUCAUGUCUUACAGACCUGAACGGACUUGUUGAGGGUUUGUAUUAGUUUGUGUACAUAAAUGCGAUAAUUGGCAAUGGAUUAUGAGGGUGCGUGUAUGUUUGACUGUAGUGUAAAUUGGUUUAGAUUAUCCCAUGUUUUUGUCAGAGUUGUCUUCUCCUGCAUAACUCCUAAGUUUCUCAAUAUUCUGAAGAUCAUCUGCACUUGUUGCAUGGGUCACUACUUUAUAUCACAACAGGAUAAAACAUCAAAUUCUAAGUUGGUUUCCACUUCUAGGCCCAUUUGAUGAUACCUUUACCACAAGUCCUAAUAUUAAUGACUAUUUUUUUAUUGGCAAAGAGGGAGAACAAGUGGGAUCUGUAUCCAGCAUCGUUAUCUAGUGCCUCCACCAGGACAUCCAUUGACAUAUCAGGUUAGGCCUUUCACAGUUCCGCUGCUACACAUGGGGAGUUCAGUUUUACGAAAAACUCAAGAGGGGAAAAAGUGACUUUUCUUUGCAUGCAGAAGUGUGAAUUACACUGAUCUUUUUUUCUAUUGAUGGAAGAAAAAAAAAGAAACUGGCGCUGUGGGAAUGAAGGUUAACAACAUGCAUGAAUUUGUGAAGAAAAUAAACAAUGCUGCUUUUGUUGGUUA